AUGGCACAAACAGCGGGAGUCUGUUCCUUUCUUGGUCGUCCGUGGACUUUGGAAGAUGUGAUAUCGAUCCCGUCCGAUUCCGAGUCUGACACAGAUAGUGAUGCUGAGGUGGUGGAACAAGAUGUCCCGCGCGUGCACUUGGUACACAAUCAACACCGUGACGACUCGCUUCCUUCUAUCUCUGAGAUUAUGGCGUCACUGAUUAACGUCAGACAUGAUCCAACAGAAGCAAUCGGGAGCUCAUCUGAGGAUCUUUGCUUACCAGAUGAGUGGGAAAGUCCCAAUUCAUUAACCUCAAACUCUUCGAGAGAAGUGAUUUUCCCCUCAAUGGCUCUCGAGAGUCCGGGGGUCAUCGCCGACUCUAACAUGUUGGUGUCUCCGCCAAUACAACAACAUGAUGAUGGAGUAAGCGUGGUGUGGCCCACUCCUAUCCGAAGACCUUGUGUCGUCUCAGCGGCCUCCGAGUGUUGUUCAGUGCAGUCCACAACUGCGUUGCCUCCGAGGGAUGAAGCACUGCACCAUGAGAAAACAGAUCCUCCCGGCCGAUCGGCGACCAACCUCGUCCAGCCUUCUCAAUCGCAGAAUUGCAGUGCCCUGUUUUCAAACCAGUUCGUCCAAGCUCAUAGCAUCAAUAUUGGCCAUGGCCGUAUGGGUGAAGUAGUUCCGCGAAGCGACAACGAACUGCCCAGUGUAGCUCGACCCGCCUCAGUCAAAACACCUCCGUCGGGAUGCAGCCACCCAGUCUCGCAUCGAGGAGCUUUGACGGAGGCCAUUCAGAAACACCAAGCCGCUGAUGAUAUUUCGCCCCUGGGUUCUUGCCCUAGCUCGUUGCCAACUGGUCAAGGACGGGACGACGAGCGCCAGACAAGCAUCGAUGCAGACGACACAGCGAGCCAGCUGGAUGAACCCUGCGAAGAAACGGAAAAGCGGUCAACUAGUCGUCGUGGUUCCGGAAAAGCUUACAACCUUCGCCCUCUCCCGCCCAAAAGGCAACUCACCGCGGAACCAAAGGACGGCGGGAUUGACGAAAAGCUUAUGCCACAACGCAAGCGUCGCAAGCUUGUGUCCCGUCAGCCCAAGAAGCGUAAUUCACAGCAACGUUCGGACCUACGUUCGGACCCUACGCGAAAUCGAGAGGCACGCUUGCUGAGGAAUACGACGAAAAGCAACGACGACGAGUCUGUUGCAAACAAAAAACCGCCUGUUAGUUCCAGUGUUGCCAGCCACGAGGCAUGGCCACUUGGCCAGCCAGUCCUAAGGUGCACCAGAGAGAAUGGCACUGCGAUGUUCCAGCUACAAUUUACCAGCGACAUUUUGUGGAAUACGCUAGUUUCACAGAACGAUCCCGCCCCAAAAGGUCACCAGACACCAAACAAACUCCAGAAUCGGAGACCUAAAACCGCAAAGGAGAAAUCCAACCAAUGCACGGCGAAUACAGCGCGGGAGUCUAUCCACGCCGCCUACCCAAGUGUCUGCCCCGACCUUUACCGAAUGGAUUGCCUGCUUGCUCGGUGGAGGCGACACACUUUCUUGGUGAAAUGGGCUGAUGCGACCACGACGUGGGAGCCGAGAAAACACAUCAUAGACGAGGGAAUGCUGAAUACCUUUGAGGCAAGUUGGCGGGGCUUUGACGCGGGCGUGGAUGUUUUGAAAACCCGACAGAGAGCUGGAAGGCGCCAACACCUUUUACGUUGGCAUGGUCGGCCGUCUAAAGAGGAUACGUGGGUAUACGAUGAGUCUCUGAGUCCGCAGUUGAUGGAAAGGAUUGAAGCAAACGAAAGAAAUGGCCCUCAGUUUUGA